AUGUCAAACCGCAAGAUUCGCGACGAGCAGAUCUCGGCGUCGACGAGCUUCGACUUGCAAAGCACCGGACCUCAACAUGCUCGGUAAGUGGGCAAGACGUCAUUGGGAAUUCGUAUAAGUACGGACAUUUGAAAAAUUAAUGGAUGGAAGGUUUGCGAGGAGGAAGCGGAUGAGUAAAUCCGCAUGCAAAUUUCGAUGCACUACUCUAAUUGACCAAAGGGACCUUUCGGUUGGCACAAAAUAAUUCUCAAGCCGGCAUCUUGUCUAAUUAAAGCGAACUGUCAACAGGAAGGGGGUAUUGUACAAGCUCAUAAUUACUCCUUCCCAUAAUUACAGUAUCCGCUUUCACACAUCUUUUGUGUGUCCGGUCCGAACGACUCUAGAGAAUUCGAAAAGACGUCCUCGUUUCACGUUCCCAACUGAGGAUUUGCGAGGGGGAUUAGCACCCUCACAAGUUCCUAAUUUCGGUUCGCAAAACUCAUUGAAAUUGAGAACGCAUUUGCAUCGCACAUCUAAUUUAGGCGGCCGACUUGUCCGAGGGAACGUCUCCGCGCAGGCCCUUCAUCAGUAGCAUACGUUAACGCCUCAACAAGCGAUUUAUCGAGUUUGAUUGUUUUGACAGGCCGCAGACGGGCUUCCAUUGCUUCACUUCCUAAUUGCAAUGUGUUGCAUUGCGUAGAUAAAAUCUUGAUUAGGAGCUCAUCUGGAGGGGAAUGAAGCUGAGACGGGCAACUUAUGUGCUCGAAGGGAUGCGUGCACUGGAUUUGUACUCUACAACGUCGCUUACUUUUCAGGGCUCAUCAGGAAUCUGGAAGUGGCGCUUGGUGCCCGAAAAAUCAAAUCAACUCUGUGAGCAAAGAAUGGCUCCAGAUCUCAUUUUCCGUCGAUACAGGUUACUAAAAACAGUGUUCCCGACUUGAAAACGGUUCAAUCUUUCAGCAAUCACCGGUGUGGAAACUCAGGGACGUUAUGAUGAUGGCCGUGGAAUGGAGUAUGCGACCGCAUUCAAAAUUCAGUAUUGGCGACCUUCGCUAAACGCGUGGGCAUCCUACAAAGACGAUUUCGAGCUGGAGGUUCGUCCUUUUCAUUCUAAAUGACCGCUAAUUAUGGUAUCGGCGCUCUUUGGCCCGCACAGUUGAGAUUUAUGCGCUUAGUGGCCGGCCAUUUUCUGAGAAUAGUGAAUCACCAGGACGGCUUAUUCACAAAAAGUGCGCCGAACUGAACAAUAGCCAGAGGGGCCUUCGACUUUUUGACACGCCAUUUGUACUGUCACUAUACGAGCAGAGAAAGGGGAACUGUGAUUUGAAUAGGGAACACGUUAUUCGGGAUUUAUUACAAGGUUAUAUCUAUUUCUUGCCCGUUUUCGGAGAUAUCGCCAUUGAAAUUCAAAUUCAAAUGCCCAUCAUAUACGUUUCCUGUGGUUUGAUGUCGUUUUGCAGAAAUUUUGAUGAUGUGAAAAGUGCGGAUCUUUCCUUUCUGUUCUGUUUUCUCUUUUCUUCCUCAAUCUCUUGACAAGGGACCCAAUGACAUGCAAUACAUUCUUGAUGACUUUUCUUUCUCUGCAAAAGUAACCCUUCUCGUCAAUUGGCACCUCUUCCACAAAUUGGUUGAAAUUUGGGGAGUCUUUGACAAGCGCGCAGCAGAAGACCUACUUGACACUGGGUGCUUGGCAUUGUACGAAGACGGAUUAAGUAUUGUUUGCAAGUGCGGUACCGAAUGGAGGGAGCGACACGGAAGGCAACUGGUCCUGAGUGACAAUGCAUCUGCCAGCCACCACUUGUCGAGACGCGCGAUCGGCUCAAGAUCAUAUCGACGCAUAUGGCGACAGUCUUCUUCGCCGCCUGCAUAACGAGGGAAUUUGAACAUACACAUAAAAAACGCUAUUGAUGAAAUGGGACCGGGCAGACAGAGCCGUUGCCGCUAAAGGCUUUCCGAACCAGUCCUCUAAUGAAAUGGCGAAUGAGGGGUCAAUCCGAAAAUGGGCAGGCGGCGAGUCUUUCAACUAAUAGCCAGUUAAUCCUCAUUCUGCUCUGGUGACUUUUUGAUGCCGUAAUACGUAGAUGGACUGGGCAGAAACAGUGUAACCAUAAUUUAAGGACAGUACAUGAGGGACCACUUCAGUUUCCAAUUACUAAUACCCACAGAAACAAAAGGGCAAUCAAACCAUAUGUUCGCAUUCUUUCGAAAUUAUAUGAAUACAAUAUCAUUCCAGACAAUCCCUGCGAACAAUAACACUAAAGACGCGGUCAGAAGGGACCUUGACCGGACAAUCAUUGUUCGUCGCAUUCGCAUUGUUCCCGUUUCAAACUCCACUCGAACUGUGUGCAUGAGAGUUGAGCUCUUCGGCUGUCCGUUUGAAGGUAACCUGCAGAAAUUAAGGCACAGUGAUCAAAUGCAUCAUUUUUGCAGAUAGUUUGGUCUCGUAUGAUGUUGACCAAGGUGACUUGCAAUCGGGAAUUUCUUAUCACGACUUUUCCUAUGACGGCAAUCUUGCCAACUCGCCGCAUCUCACGGCUGGAAUCGGGAAAUUGUACGACAACGAAGUGGGAAAGAAGGAUGUGUUUGUUAAUCAUCACAAAUGGGUUGGAUGGAAACGGAAAAGGAAUGACAAUGUGAAACUCGCAUUCUUGUUUGGGGAAUUGAGAAACAUCUCCGGGAUUCUGAUUAAUACUGCCAACGAGUACAGUAAGAAUGCAAAGACGUUCUCUUCCGCUCAGGUGUUGUUCUCAACCAAUGGCAAAGACUUCUCGGACAAGACAAUCACAUUCCACAAUCCUGAAGAUACAGAAUCAGAAGCCCCGCGAUGGGUUCGCAUACCAGUGGAGCACCGCAUCGCGAAAGCACUGAAGAUCAGAAUGAACUUCGGGAAGGGUUCCGACUGGAUUUUUAUGUCUGAGGUCACUUUCGAAUCGAAUCACACCAACAUCGAGCUGCUUAACGAUGACGUUGUCAUUCCUGACUCGGUCUCAUAUUUCUCUGUAACCGAGCACGAUGACGGCACCAGCAUGUUUGGUAAGAGGCAAUAUCUCCAGUUUAAUCUCAUGUCUUCUUCUAUUCCAGCAUUUGUCAUCUUCUUCUUCAUGUUCCUCAUUAUCGCCAUCAUUAUUCUGGCAGUGAUUUACCGUAAACGCGAGUAUCGUGUCAAAGCCUCGUCGCCAUCGCCAAACGCCAAACGGGAAAUUCUGUUGACAAUUGAUGGGAACACCAUCAAACAUCACGUUUCGCCGUCAACCUAUCAAAUGGCUCGCGACAAUCUUCAGAAUGCGUUGAUUGAGAAAAUGCCCAUGUCGCCGAUUAUAAGCGAUUACGCUGAACCUGACAUUAGCAUGUAAGCUUUGUGUGAAGAUUGUUUGGUUUGGGAGGAGAGUGACUCAAAUGUUUGAUUUGAAUUGACAUUUACACAAAACGGUAGCAUUCGCGCACGGGAAUGAAAAGGGCAAGUGGUGAGCAAUUGAUGAUAUUGUAUUAAUUUUGCAGUUGUUCUGAUGUCACUGCCAAUACACCACUGCUCUAUGGAAUGGAUGGUCCCUAUGACACACAGAAAAGAAGGUUCGUUUUUAUUGAAAGGGACCAGCAACUGGGAAAGAACCAUCGAGUUUUUCAGCAAUCCGCUUUCUUCAAUGGUCAAGUACUCUGAUUAUGGAGAGGUUUACUGCACUACCCUUCCGGAAGUCGCCAGAGACAAGUUGAUCUACGUCAGCAGAAUCGGUCAAGGAGAGUUCGGAGAAGUGGAUUUGUGUCACUUGGAGAACCGAAAAGUUGCUGUCAAACGACUUCACGGUAUCAGCCAGGCCGAUGAAUUCUCAUUUCACAGAGAAAUCCGAGUUCUCGGCAGUCUCAAGCAUCCAAACGUCGUCGAAGUGGUUGGGGUGUGCACUAUUCAGAAACCAAUUCUCUGCAUUAUGGAGUACAUGGAAAAUGGUGAUUUGAAAUCAUACAUUCUGAAGAACCCAACCAUCUCGUAAGUGGUAAACACUAAGUCUUCACGAAACUGAUUUUCAUUUAUAGAACUUCCCAAUGUGUCUCUGUUUGCACUCAACUCGCUGCUGGACUCGCGUACCUCGAAUCCUGCAAUUUCGUUCACAGGUUUGUUUUUGGACUAUUCCUUUCAAAUUCCCUCAAAACAAAAGCGUUUUUUUUGCAGAGAUAUUGCUGCCCGCAAUUGUUUGGUCGAUGGGGAAGGAAAUGUCAAAAUCGCCGAUUUCGGCAUGGCUCGCUCGCUCUAUUCGCAGGAGUAUUAUAAAGUGGAAGGCAAAUUCGUGUUGCCGAUUCGAUGGAUGGCCUGGGAAGCGUUGCUAUUGGUAACUCGCGAAAAAGAGAAAAAACGGAAAUAGUUAUAAAUUUAUAGGGAAAAUUUUCGACAGCCAGUGAUGUUUGGGCUUUCGGAGUGACGAUGUGGGAGAUCUUCUCGUUGUGCUCAGAGAAACCGUUUUCUGAGCUCUCCGACGAUCAAGUGGUUGAGAACUUGCAGAGCAUGAACAUGACGGGAUCUUUGAAGGUAAUAACUUACAGACAUCAUAGGAAGUCGGCAUUACUAUCAAUUUUCAGUAUGUGCUUCCACGCCCACGUAUGUGCCCCUCGAAACUGUACAACGAACAACUGCUGCCGUGCUGGAACAUUGACAGUAACCGCCGUCCAACCUUCGAAAACGUCCAUCUUCAUCUCCAAUCACUGGUCCACACUUCUCCUCACAUGCAAUUCUAG